AUGAAAUCGGUUGCCCUGACCCGCAAUGCGGUGUCAGCACAGAGAAUGGCCGCAUUACGCUGCCGCAUUCCAGGAACUCUAGGUCCUUAUUCGGCCGCGACUUCACGUUACCGACGUUCCCUUCCCCAACAUGUCCAAGCCCUGGCUCUUCUCCUCCCGCUCGAGCACCAACAGCGCGGCUAUGCCACGCAGCACACUUCCUCUUCAACUCCCUUAGAGCCGCCAUCAUUCCCUCCUCCAGGGUUUAACGCAGACCAGGCGAAGAAGCCACUCCCAGCAAAGACUGCGCAGAAACCGACACCAGCAUCGGUACAGCCGGAUAAAACCGGAGGCGAACCUCGUGAGCAGAUCCAAGUUACAUCCACAACCGAUAGUUCAUCUGCAGAAGCGAUGGUUGCGGAAGGGAAAGAUUUAAACUAUCAUGAUGUGGAAGCUGCAGAGAAAAGGACUGUUGAGGAGAAGAAGGAAGCUAAGAAACUUACAUUGGGUCAGAGGAUCAAGAAAGAGGCCCAGCAUUAUUGGGAUGGGACUAAGCUAUUGGCUACGGAGGUCAAGAUCAGUACACAGCUUGCCUUAAAGAUGGCUGCUGGUUAUGAACUUAGCCGUAGGGAACAUCGACAACUACGACGUACAGUUCAAGAUUUAGCUCGACUGGUACCCUUCUCUGUUUUUGUUAUCGUCCCGUUUGCCGAAUUCCUCCUGCCGGUCGCACUGAAGCUCUUCCCGAACUUGCUUCCCAGCACCUAUGAAGGCCAAAAGUCCAAGGAGCAGAAAGCAGCUAUACUUCGCGCGACACGGAAGGAGAUGGGCUCGUUCCUGCAGAAUACACUCAAGGAGACUGGCCUUCCAGUCAACGCCAGAAACGCCAAAAAAGAAGAGUUCGCUGAGUUUUUCAGGAAGGUUCGAGCUACUGGCGAGUCGCCUUCGGAAGAAGAUGUUAUCAAGGUCUGCCAGACCUUCAAAGAUGAUCUUACCUUGGAUAACUUGUCGCGACCUCAAUUGGUGGCGAUGUGCAAAUACAUAAAUCUCAAUACCUUCGGUACAGAUGCAAUGCUUCGGUACAAUGUACGUCACCGGAUGCGUCAAAUUAAGCGUGAUGACAAAGCCAUUUCAUUUGAAGGCGUCGAAUCGCUUUCCGUUCCCGAACUCCAGAUGGCCUGUGCUUCUCGUGGACUGCGCACUCACGGCGUAUCCCCGGGCCGUCUGCGGGACGACCUGUCCAUGUGGCUUGACCUACGCCUCAGGAAGCGCGUACCAUCGACCCUCCUCGUUCUCAGCAAUGCCUAUAUGUACACGCAGAAGUCCCAGGAAUACGAAAUUUCCUCCCAGAUCGAUGCACUCCGAUCCGUCCUGUCCAGCAUCCCCGAAGAGCUCUUCCACGAAAUUGAGCUCGAGGUGCAUAACGCCGAAGGCGCAGCCACCAACAAGCAGCGUCUUGAGGUUAUCAAGGAGCAGCAAGAGCUCAUCGAAGAGGAAAACGAGCAGAACACCGAAAACGAAGAGGCUGGUGUUUCCACUCCCAAGGAUCAUGAGGACAUCGACGAGUCGGACGACAAGAAUAUGGAAGCAGCUGCUCCAGAUCAGGAAAUCCAGAAUUCAGAGGCCCAAUCGUCCGAAGGGGAUGCCGAAAAGCAGCAGGAGAAGGAGAAGAAGGUUUAA